AUGGCCUUCAACAUAACUUCAGACGGCUCCCCUACGCCUCGCAAGGGUCCCGCACGGUUCAACAUGCCUUCUGGAGACUUGAGGGUCGAUACUUCACCAGAGGUACUGGGCCAUAUCAACGGAAAUAGCCAGAACUAUUAUCCAUUCGGUCGUUACUCUCCAUCUGGCUUAUCGUUGACGUCCAAUUUGCAGGGUCUGAAGCGGCCACUCGGUUCUUCGACUGCGGGUAACGCUGCCACGCCUUCAGUGCAGCAACAACAGCAGCUACAGCAGCCGCAACACCACUUUGGUGGCUUCAAGACCCAAGGUGAUCAUUACCAAGAUCCGUCAGUCAUGGACUCUCUCUUGAGGCGCCUCAACGAGCGGUCUUCACCAGAUGACCCCUACAAGUCCUCCUCCAACAGCUCCAUUCCGAUCACGCCAGCUACCGAGGAAUAUACGAGCACGCCACCUACCACCACUUCUGCAGAAUCUUCCGUCCUUGUCGGUGUUGCAGAGCUACAGAAGAUCAGAGCGGAGCUACAAGAGGCCAAGAAUGAGGUCACUCGUAUGAACCAAGAGAUACACAGCCAUCUGGUCGCAAAGUCUACCAUGGAGCACCUCAGUCAGUCUUCCGAAGCGGACUACGGCUAUGCUGGAGAGGUGACCGAGCAGACCCUCACGCAGCUCCAGAACAAUUUCAACGCUUCAACUCGCCCCAACGACGGAUGGAACAACGACCCGCCUCGCCCGCCUUACAGUGCGAACAAUAGCUUCGGUUCUCAGUAUCAAGGUCAAGCACAGGCUCAAGCACGACCUCCAAUGACGAUUGGACAACCAGCAGCCCGACGUGGCAACAGCUACCUCAAUGAACCAACUCACUUUCCUCUUGAUCAGGGUUUCCGCACUAGCGGCAUGAACAACGGUAUGGGCAAUUUCAUCGGAAAUGGCAUGGGUACCGCCUUCAGCAUGGGUUACAACAACAGCAUGAGCAAUCCACCUAGCCGUCCCGACUCCGCUUUCGAUCCUCCGUACAACCAGUAUGGCGCACCGCCUAUGCAAGCUGCGAACUAUCCUGUACCAAUUGGGUCCAAUCGUGGAAGCGGACUGUCUCCCGUUGCGAGCGAGUUCGACAUCUCUACUGGAAUGGGACCAUCUCCAUGGAACUCUCAGGCGCCCAGCGAGAGUGGAGCUGCGCAGUACAUGCCCGCCGUUGAGCCAAUGAACUAUCGUCGACUGCUGGAUCGCAACAUGAGCUGCAACUGGAAGUACAUCGUAGACAAAAUCAUCUGCAACAACGACCAGCAAGCCUCGAUUUUCCUUCAGCAGAAGCUCAAAGUCGGUACACCAGAUCAGAAAUACGAUAUCGUCGAGGCCAUCAUCGCUCAAGCCUACUGCCUGAUGAUCAACCGCUUCGGUAACUUCUUAGUCCAGCGCUGCUUCGAGCAUGGCACACCUGACCAGAUUGUCGCUAUUGCCCAAGCGAUCCGUGGUAAUACGCUCGUUCUCAGCAUGGACGCUUUCGGUUGCCACGUCAUCCAGAAGGCUUUUGAUUGCGUCCCUGAAGAGUACAAGGCCACCAUGGUUCACGAAUUGCUGCGUCGUAUCCCAGAGACUGUCAUUCAUCGCUAUGCUUGCCAUGUUUGGCAGAAGUUGUUCGAACUCCGUUGGAGCGACUCCCCGCCUCAGAUCAUGCGAUACGUCAACGAAGCGCUCCGAGGUAUGUGGCAUGAGGUUGCUCUGGGUGAGACAGGCAGUCUAGUUGUUCAGAAUAUAUUUGAGAACUGCCUGGAGGAGGACAAGCGUCCUUGUAUCAACGAAGUCCUAGCCAGCAUCGACGUUAUUGCUCACGGUCAGUUCGGCAACUGGUGCAUCCAGCACAUUUGUGAGCACGGCGCUCCCGCCGAUCGUGGUCGCGCCGUUGAUCACAUCCUCCGCUUCGCGACCGAGUACAGCAUGGAUCAAUACGCCUCUAAGGUCAUCGAGAAGUGUCUCAAGAUUGGUAACACCGAAUUCCUGGACCGUUACCUAGAGCGCGUCUGCGAAGGCCGUCCCGACCGUCCUCGCAUGCCUUUGAUCGACAUUGCUGGUGAUCAGUUUGGCAACUAUCUCAUUCAGUACAUCUUGACCAAUUCCGGCGCGCAGCACCGCGAGAUUGUCGGCAGUCAGAUUCGCAAGCACAUGGUCUCUCUUCGCGGUUCCAAAUACGGCUCGCGCGUCGCCAUGUUGUGUUGCAACCCAGCUGUUACCACGCGCCCCGGCCCACCCACCGGUAUGGUCCCCCGCUACAACAACCCCAUUCCUCGUAGCGCAGCCUUUCCCGGCAGCUUCCGUUGA